GUCUUCGGGGAGGGGGAAGGCAAAAAAAGCAAGGAAGGGGGGGAUCUUCGGGUCCCCGCAGCGCUUCCCCGAUGGGCAGUUUGCUGAGCGGAGUCAGCUUCAAGGAGCCCACCACGGUGGAGGACUGUGACUCGACCUGGGAGACGGAUUCCGAGCCCGAGCCCGAGCUUCAGGACCCCGGCGGGGGAGAAGGGCCACCGUUGGAGCAGGCGGGCGGUGGCAGCAGCAGCAACGACGGCGACGACCCAGCGGCUGACCGGCAGCAGCAGCAGCCGCCGCCAGAGGAACCGCUCCCUGCGGCAGGCGGCCGGCCGGAAGCCGCCGCCACCGAGCAGGGAGAGAGCGAAGCCCCCGGGCCCGAACAGGGGGAUGAUUCAGUUGAUGUGACAGCUAAACCAAAGAGAAGUUUUUAUGCUGCAAGAGACUUAUAUAAAUAUCGUCAUCAAUAUCCAAACUUUAAAGAACUGAGAUACCAGAAUGAUUUAUGCAACCUCCGCUUUUACAAGAACAAAAUUCCCUUUAAACCUGAUGGGGUUUAUAUUGAAGAGGUGCUGAAUAAAUGGAAAGGAGAUUAUGAAAAGUUGGAACACAAUCACACUUACAUACAAUGGUUGUUUCCACUCAGAGAGCAAGGACUGAAUUUCUAUGCAAAAGAAUUAACAACCUGUGAAAUUGAGGAGUUCAAAAAAACGAAAGAAGCCAUUCGAAGAUUCCUGUUAGCUUACAAAAUGAUGCUGGAGUUUUUCGGGAUAAAAUUAAUUGAUAAAACUGGGAAUGUAGCACGAGCUGCUAACUGGCAAGAAAGAUUCCAACACUUGAAUGAAUCCCAACAUAAUUAUCUGAGAAUCACCCGGAUUCUGAAGAGUCUUGGUGAACUUGGUUAUGAGAGUUUCAAGCCUCCUCUCGUGAAAUUGAUUCUACACGAGGCUCUGGUGGAAGAAACCAUUCCCAACAUUAAACAGAGCGCUCUGGAAUAUUUUGUGUACACCAUAAGAGAUCGAAGAGAGAGGAGGAAACUUCUGCGGUUUGCCCAACAGCACUACACCCCUUCUGACCACUUCAUAUGGGGCCCACCAAGGAAGCCGAAGGUGGAAGGAAGCAAACCAAAUAAAAAGCUGGCUUCACCAGUGUCCCUUCGCAACAGCUCCACUUGUAAACAUAAAAAGACAAAAGAUCUCAAGAACGCAUCCGAAAUUUGUAACUCGAGGAAUAAAACAAACGACGAGAAAAAGACAGAGCAUAUUAAAAACGGUACAGAUAGCGACCAGAGUAAGAAAACAGGCUCCCCUGAAGUUGUUAAGCAGAGCAGUAUGGUGAAAAAUAGUAGUGCUGACUGUCACAGCACUAAAAUGGACAUUGUUGAGCCUUUGAAUCAGAAGGAGACUAUUUCUCAUUUAAAGAAACAUAAAGGCAAAAACAAGGAGAACGUUAGCCAGGACUGUAAACAUUUGGAAGACAUAGAAAAAGAUUCAUGUGAGACUAAAAACGAUUCAACAAAUAUAUCAUCCGAUAUGCAAGACAAUAUAUGUAAGGAUAAAAACCUGGCGAGCUCAUCUGUAAGAAAUAAAGAAUGAAAUCUUCUACCUGCAUAUGGCACAAUGGUUUUUCACUUGUAGAAAAUUGUUCAGGAACAAGAGAUCUUUGGUACUGGAUCCAACGCUGGCUACAACAGCUUAGCCUUGUCGGGGUUGUGGCGUCCUUAAUUUGUUUACGGUUUGUACUUCUCCCAGCUAUGUAUUAAGCUUACAAAACUGCAUAUUGCUUAAGUCUAAGAAAAAAAAACCAACUUCCUUUGAAUCUGUUUUCUAUGCAUAAAAAUCCAACAUUGAUUUUUAUUAUGUAUUUUAUUUAAACUCUCUUAAUUAAUUUUAAGGUUUUGUUUUCAAAAUAUGGAUGCAAGGUAGACUUCCAAGGAGCCAAAGUUAGCGUCUCUUCAGCCGAUAACUAUGCUAAUGUUUAUAGAGUGCCUACCACUGCUUAAAAAUUGGAAUUUAGCUGUAUUCUUAUUUAACACAGAAAGUGGACCGCAGAGACUUGAGCUAAAGUCAAGCACAGCCUUGAAUCACAACGGGCAAACUAUAUUAAUUCAGCUCUUUUUCAAGCUUGACUAUAAGGAGCCGUAAUUAAUUUCCCUGGGUUAUUAUGAGAAAAUGCAGCAAAAUAGCAAAUCGCUACCAUUUGCAUACCAGCCUCCAAACAUACUCUUACAGUUUUGUUAUUGCCAUUUUUCUUGAUGUCUCCUCUAAGACAGUGUACUGAGUGAAGUGUGGGAAAAAUUGGAUUCCAAACUGUUAAGAGUACAGUUUUUAAAUGUUUUUUUUUAAAUAAAAUACUAAAACCUAGCUCAGGUGUGAUAUUCCAAAUGAAAAGUUGGACAGGGAAUACUCAUUUACCCUAAUGAUACAUCAGCAAAAUUCUUGCGAAUGUAAAAUGGGAUAAAAUUGUAUUCUGCUUGCAUGCUUUCUGCUUUCCAUUAUUUGUUAUCUCGCUUCAUCCCCCUUCCUUUUUGUUGUUGUUCUUCGCAUGGAGUUGCACACCUCUGAGAAUGAAGGUAAGCAUUUCGUCCAUGUUUUACUUCAGUACAGAGGUGGGUUUCUGCUGGUUCACCCCGGAUUGGGAAAACGGGUAGUGGCAGAAGCGGGAGGCUGCGCCCACCCAGCCAGA